AGUGUGACGUCACGAUUCAAAUAUGGCGGACGAUGCUUUUGACAGAUGUGAACUCGGUCUCGGUUGAUUUCGUAAUGGAAGGACUAGUUCAUAUUUAUUGUGCAUCAUGAGGUUUAACACGCUGUUUUGAGGAAUCUAGCAACGAUAUAAUGUCGCUAUUGUGUGUUUGUGUGAAGAAAGCCAGACUGAUCGGAAGCCCGGAGAGAUUCAAUACAUAUGUAACAUUGAAACUACAGAAUGUCAAAUCUACUACUAUUCAAGUCAAGGGGAAUAACCCAUGCUGGGAGCAAGAUUUCAUGUUUGAAACAAACUGCUUGGACACUGGUCUGAUUAUUGAGAUUUGGAAUAAAGGUAUGCUGUGGGACAAACUGCUGGGUCUUCAUUGGCUGCCAUUAAGAGACAUCCACCACUCCAAUACUGAAGGAGACGGAAGAUGGUUGUCCUUGGACAGUGAGCUGAUCAUGAGGAAUGGCAAGGUCACUGGUACGAGGUUCCCCACGGGGCACACCAUCCUUCUGGACGCCAGAUUUGAGUUGCCAUAUGAUUUGCCGGAGGCGGAGGCUGCAGAACUAGAAAAUAAACUCAAAGUCCUCAACACGAUUGACCAAGAAUUAAUAACGAUACAACGGCAAAACACUUAUUCUACGCAGUCUGGAAUGUCGGAAGACAGUGAUUAUAAAAGUGACAAUAGCUACCCCCCUCCUCACCAACACAAUGUUUCUGUGCGACAGUUUCCUCUCCAUGAGCCCAGUCGAGAUUUCUACUAUAAUGGACAGUUUGAUUCAUUUGACGGUGGGGGGUUGGAGGAUGACCGGCAGGGCUCAUUUGACCGUUUUGAAAGUUUUGACGAGGAAUCGUACAAUGGUUACCAGUGUCAAGAUGCUUAUCAACGUGAUUUAUCUCCUGAGCCGGAUAACGACUCUUACGAUGAGGAAUUGACUCACUGUUCUGAAGUGAGGAGUCCAGAAGAUCCGGAUUAUGAUCAGGAUGAUUCUUUACACGGAUCUGAGUACGACCGAGAGGAAUAUGAUGAUUACGAACGUCCAAAACGUAACGAAAGAAGCUUCAGUGAGGAAGACGAGAGCUACUGUGGAGGGAGGGUGAUGAGCCGAACUCUUAGUGAGGAAGAAUCUUCCAGUCGAGGAAGGCACUAUGAUAGGACGUACAGUGAAGAAAGCAACCGGAUGUAUAGUGAAGACAGCAUCCGGGACCAGCACUCGAUGGAAAGGACACUCAGCGAGGACAGCAGUAGAGAGAGACAGCAAUAUUAUGAUCAGGGCGACGACCAUCGACCAUAUUCGCAUGGUCGUAGGGUAGGUCACGAUCUGAAAGGCAGAGAUUACGGCAGAGAAUGGGAAUACUACCAGGAUGAAGAAAACACGUACAUUCAAGGUCGCAGUGAUACAGAAUCUGAGCACAUGUCGUAUAAUAGCAGACCAAGGAACAACAGACAGUAUGGAUAUACGAACCGAGGGAGCCCUGCAAGAAGUGGAGAUUCUUUGACCAAUUUGACAAAUAUGACCAACACUAGUAAAAUCAGCACCCAGGAUUUUAGUCCAGUUAACAGUCAGACCAGUUUAAGUGGUUUGAGUCGGCAGAGUACACAAGACCGCAGUGAUGGUCCCCUGGAGUACCCCUACAAGUACUCGCCCCACCACGAGAUGCAGGAGUCCCCUGCCAAGGUCAGGUGGAGCCAGGCAGUCAAGAAAAUCAGCUCGGAACUCAAUAAGGAAGGAGUCAACAUGAUGGGUCAUUCAGAAGACUCGCGGGACAAGUGGACUCACCCCAAUGGGGGGCCAGAGCACAAUGAUAUAUACAGUUGUUUAGACACCAUUCCAGAAUUUACCCUACCACGCCGCAAAUCGGUGGCCCUUGUUAGUGACUUGACUAUGCAAUCCAAACGAAAUGCACCCUCUGCUAUGGUAGCAAGGCAAUCCCUGAAAGAUGAGGAAUUGAAAAUGCACGUGUACAAAAAGACUCUGCAGGCUCUAAUCUACCCGAUCUCCAGCACGACACCACACAACUUCGUGGUAUGGACUGCCACCUCUCCCACAUACUGCUUCGAAUGUGGUGGUCUCCUGUGGGGAAUGGUCAGACAAGGUGUCAGGUGCACAGAGUGUGGCGUCAAAUGUCACGAGAAAUGUAAAGACCUGCUCAAUGCUGACUGCCUGCAACGUGCUGCGGAAAAGAGCUCUAAACAUGGUGCUGAGGAUAAGACGCAGAACAUCAUUAUGGCAAUGAGAGACAGAAUGAAAAUCAGGGAAAGAAACAAACCAGAGAUAUUUGAACUCAUCAAAAAUGUAUUUGGUGUGGACAAAAAGUCACAUACUGGCCAUAUGAAAGCUGUGAAACAAAGUGUGUUGGAGGGAACGUCCAAGUGGUCAGCUAAAAUUGCCAUUACUGUGAUAUGUGCUCAAGGCCUUAUCGGCAAAGAUAAAACGGGUACCAGCGAUCCUUACGUCACUGUCCAAGUAGGUAAAGUGAAAAAGCGCACAAAAACCGUCCCACAGAACCUCAACCCAGACUGGAACGAAAAGUUCUAUUUUGAGUGCCAUAAUUCGUCAGAUAGAAUUAAAGUUAGAGUUUGGGAUGAAGACAACGAUUUGAAAUCAAAACUUAUGCAGAAAUUGACCCGGGAAUCUGAUGACUUCUUGGGUCAGACCAUUGUCGAAGUGCGUACAUUAAGUGGAGAAAUGGAUGUGUGGUAUAAUUUGGAAAAGAGGACAGAUAAGUCGGCUGUAUCUGGUGCCAUCAGAUUACACAUCAGUGUAGAGAUCAAAGGGGAGGAGAAAGUGGCCCCGUACCAUGUACAGUACACCUGUCUACACGAGAAUUUGUUUCACUACCUAUGUGAGCAGGCCGGAGGAUCAGUGAAACUUCCUGAUGCUAAAGGACAGGAUGAAGCUUGGAAAGUGUACUUUGAUGAGCCUGCCCAGGAGAUUGUCGACGAGUUUGCUAUGAGAUAUGGUAUCGAGUCAAUUUACCAAGCCAUGACACAUUUUUCCUGCCUGUCCACUAAAUACAUGUGUCCUGGAGUUCCAGCAGUUAUGAGUACACUACUCGCCAACAUAAACGCCUUCUAUGCACACACCACGGCCAGCACUGCUGUUUCUGCCAGUGACCGAUUCGCAGCAUCUAAUUUUGGGAAAGAGAAGUUUGUGAAGUUAUUAGACCAGCUUCAUAAUUCCCUCCGUAUUGAUCUCUCCAUGUAUAGAAAUAACUUCCCCGCUUCAGACCGGGCUCGCCUUCAAGACCUGAAGUCCACGGUAGAUUUGCUGACUAGUAUAACAUUCUUUAGGAUGAAGAUUUGUGUGCAAAAAGAGGAACAGGUUCAAGAACUGCCAAGUCCUCCACGGGCCAGUAUUGUUGUAAAAGACUGUGUCAUAGCAUGCAUUAAGUCCACAUACCAAUUCUUGUUUGAUAACUGUUAUGAACUAUACCAAAGGGAGUUUGUACAAGCAGAACCCUCGGAACAAAACAUUCCAGGCACAGAGUGUGUCAACGAGAACAGCCUGGACUUCUGGGAUAAACUCAUAGCUCUGAUAGUGUCCAUGAUAGAGGAAGAUAAAAACAGUUACACCCCAGUACUAAAUCAAUUCCCUCAGGAACUGAAUGUAGGACAGGUUAGCGCGGCCAAUAUGUGGGCUCUGUUUUCACAACACUGCAGCAUGUUCCUGAAAGAUCAAGAACAGGAAAAACCAUGUAAAAGUUCAGAGUAUAUGAACUUACAUUUCAAGAUAAAAUGGCUAUAUUCCAAGUUCAUAGCUGAUGUGCCACAAUACAAGGGGACUGUACCUGAGUAUCCAAGGUGGUUUGAACCCUAUGUUAUGCAGUGGUUGAAUGAAAAUGACGAGGUGUCGAUGGAAUUUUUACGUGGUGCUUACGAAAGGGAUAAAAAGGAUGGGUUCCAGAAGAGUUCGGAGCACUAUUUGUUCUCUAGUUCGGUGGUGGACAUAUUUACACAGCUAAAUCAGUGUAUAGAGGUGAUAAAGAAGCUGGAAUGUCCAGAUCCCGAGAUCGUUAAGAGAUACAUGAGGAGAUUCGCAAUUACUGUGAAUAAAGUCCUGAUAGCUUAUGCUGAUGUUGUUAAACAGGACUUUGAGAAAUAUACUAACGAUCAUAAAAAAGCUUGUAUUUUAAUGAACAACAUCCAACAGUUACGUGUUCAGCUGGAGAAUCUGUUCGAGUCGAUGGGAGGUGAAAAGCUUGAUUCAGACACCUCCAGCAUUUUAAAGGAACUUCAGAGUAAGCUGAACAGUGUGCUUGAUCACCUAAGUUCUGUGUUUGCAAAGAGCCUAGAACCACAGAUCAAACAGAGCACACGAGAAUUAGGUUUACUUUUAUCAAAAGUGAAAGGGGCUGGGCAAGUCUCCCUGUCGCAGCCCAGUCAGAGAAACAGCAUUCAGCAGGAGUCAGAGAUAGUGCUCAAACCUCUCAUGGAACUCAUUGAUGGCAGCUUGACAAUGUUUGCACAAGAGUGUGAGAAAACCGUUCUGAAACGUCUGCUGAAGGAGUUGUGGAGGAUAGUGAUGUAUACGAUGGAGAAAACAGUGGUGCUGCCGCCUCUCUCUGACCCGAGACAGCUUAUUCCCCUCCCCGGUGCUGCGCAAACUAAAAUAGAGGACGUGUCGCGGCUUUUUCUGAGUCACGUCAGCCAAAUGCCCAUGAAUGUUCCUAUGAUCCAGGACAUGUCUAAAGAGGCAGAAAAGAACCUGACCCCUAAGCAGUGUGCUGUGUUAGAUAUGGCCUUGGAUCACAUCAAACAGUUCUUCCACGCCCAGGGCCAGGGGCUCAAGAAAACCUUCCUGGACAAAAGUCAGGAGCUCCAGAGUUUACGCUAUGCCUUGUCUCUGUAUACGCAGACCACAGACACGCUCAUCAAGACGUUCGUCAGCACCCAGACGUCUCAGGACCAGCCUUCACUGGAGGACACCGUGGGGGAGGUGUCAAUCCAGGUGGAUCUGUUCACACACCCUGGGACCGGGGAACACAAGGUCACGACAAAAGUUGUUGCGGCUAAUAACUUGAAGUGGCAGACAUCUGGCAUGUUUCGUCCAUUUGUUGAGGUUAAUUUGAUUGGUCCUCAUUUGAGUGAUAAACGACGAAAGCACUCCACUAAAUCCAAAAGCAACAAUUGGUCACCAAAGUUCAAUGAAACCUUCCACUUCAUUCUUGGAAAUGAAGAUGAGCCUGAUGCUUAUGAGCAGCACAUCUGUGUUAAAGACUACUGUUUUGCUCGGGAGGAUAGGCUGAUAGGAGUCGCUGUGUUGCAGUUACGAGACAUUGUCGAGAAAGGCAGCUGUGCAUGCUGGUGCCAUUUGGGAAGAAGGGUGCACUUGGAUGAAACGGGGUGGACAAUUUUACGCAUUCUCUCUCAAAGAACCAACGACGAAGUUGCAAAAGAAUUUGUCAAGUUAAAGUCAGAGUCUCGUUCGGCAGAGGACGUGUCAUGAAACGAUUUUAGGAAUAGAUAAUUAAAUCAAUUUUGAAAUGUAUUCUGCCAUGUUUGUUUUCCGACAUCGAUGUUUAUUGACUGCCCUGUCGCCUGUGUUCACCGUCAGUGUGUUUAGUUUGUUGGUUGUCGGAGUUAUUGAAGCUUAUUUUGUGCUGCGUCUUACAGAUGAAAACAGGUUUCUUGCUUAUUGAAACUUUUGAAACAAUUCAUGCCAGUUGAUGAUUUGAUUGCAUUCUUGCAACUGCAGAGUUGUGACAGAACUUUUUUUAUGUACAGUUGUAUAUGCUUGAUGAAUGAGUUGGAAUGUAAAUGCUUGAUCAGUUAUAGAUAUUUACAGAUAGAAGAAAACUUGUGCAGGGCAAUAAAUAUGACAAUUACAUGUUUUUCAUGAAAGGAGAUUGUUUAUCAUGGUAGACUUUAUUUUAAUUUGAUAAACUUUAGAAUGUUUCUUUUCCCCUCUUUUUUUAUACACCGAAGAAAUCCUCAUUCUCUGCCACAGAAAUCCUUAUUAGUUGUGAUGCCUUUAUAGAAUAACCUUGACAUCAUUUUAGUGAUGCCUUUGUAGACUGACCUUGACAUCAUUUUAGUGAUGCCUUUGUAGACUGACCUUGACAUAAUUUUAGUGAUGCCUUUAUCAUGUUUAUGGAUUAACCUUGACAUUCUUUCAUUGGGACCGAGUGCAAUUUUAUUUCUUACUAAUUCCAAAGAAAUUCCAUUUACAAAACCAUCUUGACAGAAAGUAAGUGUUGUAGGUCUUUUUAUUGCGUAGUAGUAGACGAUGAAUAAACGUGUAUCUUGACAUGCCAAUCAUGGCCAUUUUGAUAGACUUGUCUUCCAUGAACUUUAAAUUUAUACACAAGACUUGAAUAUGUGUACGCAUUUCAUUUGAAUCCAUCUUUUUUUUCCACAUUUUGUUGUUGUUGGUAAUUUAGUUUUCAUCUUGCUCACUUUCACAUAAUCAUGUAAUUUUUUACUGUAUAAUAUUAAUGAAGUCAAAUUAAAAUUCAUGAUAAAAUUGAUGACAAUUGUUUUAUGAUUAAAAUGGUAUUCCUGCUCAAAUUUUGUCCCUUUUUUAAAAAAAUGUUUAACAGAUAUUCACUUUUCUGGAUCUUAAGUGUGUGCAGAGUGAAAUAAAGAUAUACUGCAUAUUUUAUUAGACAUUUUUUUGCAAGGUACAUGUAUAUCGGUUUAUAAGCUCAUGGAAUAAACUCAUAAAGAUUUUUUUUUACCUAAAGUUUCAUUCAUUAUCUCUCUUUAAUCUAGUCAUGUCUGUUAACAUUAUUUCCGCCUUAGACUUUUCAAGUGAUCUUUUUGAAUAUCAAUAUAAGAUACUACUAUAUCUGUCCAAUAUGAAUAGUAUAUAUUGUAUUAAUAUAUAAAGGUUGUGUUAAAAUUUUGUUAUCUGUAUUGUGACUCAACACAAUGGAAAUUAUCAACAUCUUAAAAAAUGUUGAUUUUUUUCCCCACUCAUUCCAAUCAACAUAUACAUGUAAGAGGCAUUGUGUGUGACUUUUGAAUCUUUUGUUUACACAUUCAAAAACUGAGCUCUGGAAUUUGUUGCAUUUAUUUUUAAAACUGGUCAUUGUUUGCAGUUACAAAUUAUAUGCAUUCAUGCAAAAUGUAUUUCUUUUUAGGUCAAAAUUGUUAUCAUUGUGUUGCUUCUGUCUACGCUAAACACGCUCCAUAUUGUGACCUCAUCGCUUCCCCUAUGGAUAUCAAUAUAUUAUUGGUAUAAAACAUGUCGCUGUAUAAAUAUGCAUAGAAAAUCAUAAACAAGUGCAAUCUGUUUACUUUGAAUUAAAAAUAACCUGGCGUAUUUCACCAAAAAAAAAACUUUAUCAAUCCUUCAUUUGUUUUCUGUUUACCUUCUGGGAAGUUUUUGUAAAAUGAGACAACAUUAAAUUUUAAGAAUUUUACAUGCACAAUCAUCCAGAGGGGACAGUGUAUAUGAAAACAUUUUCAAGUCAUUCGUUGAAUUCAACUCAUUAUUAUUUUUUUUCAAAGUUCGAAUGUAGAAAAGUAGAUCUGAGAACUGCCUGUGCUCAACUUUCUGUGGGUUUUUUUUACUUAAGUCUUUACUUUUGCAGAUCUUGAGUUUGUUACAUUGUUAGAGAAAUUUAUAAUUGUUACUGUGACAGUAAACCCCCACACAUACAGGGUGACAGUGGUUGUUUAACUUUGACCUUUUAUUCUUGUUAUUUGUACUUCUGGAUACUGAAUAAAUUCCAAAUUUCAAUUUAA